CGCCUGGCCCUCUCACAUGACAGCCAGGCGAAUGCGGAAAAGGGCUGGCGGCCGGGGUCGGAAGCAGGGCGGGCGAAGGAAGCGCGCGAGAGACUCCGCUUUAAGCUUUGCCUGCCUUCCCGGUAAACGCGCUCGAUUCUCUCGCUUUGCUGCUCCAUCGAGUGGGGAGCCCUUCCUUGGGUCUUUCUAAGAAAGCGAGAUAGGGCGGGCGAGUCUUCUUCCGAGUUCCUGUCGCAGCAUCGUAACUGUGCACAUGACUGAAAAAACACUUCUGGGAGUGGCAUGUUUGGUCCCCUGGCCCCUAAAUUAGGGGUGUGCUGGCUCGGAAAGAGGUGAUCCUUGCAGACAGAAAACCAGGAAGUGACUCUUUUCUGAGUUCCGGUAUUACAGAAACUACGAUUGAACGUACAGGGUUUUUCCCUCUAGGUAACACGAAGUGUGCUUUUUUCCCCCUCCUUCACGUGGUUGUCCACUCAGGAAAGGCAGGAGGCGGUAGCACACGCUUCCUUUAAUUGGGUUUGGUGUUCAGUCAUGGUGGGCCAUCACGACCACAUGUUCAAAGUCUUAAUUAUUGGUGAUGCCACAGUUGGGAAGACAUCAUUGGUCCAGCGAUAUGCUAAUGACAACUUCAACAAGCACUACAAGUCUACAGUAGGAGUGGAUUUUGCUCUGAAGGUGGUGCAAUGGUCAGAGUCUGAAACAGUGAGGCUGCAGCUAUGGGACAUUGCUGGUCAGGAACGUUUCACAUCUAUGACUCGACUGUAUUACAAGGAGGCAUCAGCUUGUGUCAUCAUGUUUGAUGUCACCAGCUUCAGCACAUUCACUAGCUGCCAGAAAUGGAAACAAGAUUUGGACAGCAAGGUGAAGCUGCAAGAUGGAAGCCUUGUCCCUUGUCUGUUAUUGGCUAAUAAGAGUGAUCUUUAUCCAUGGGCUGUGACUAGAGAAGAAAUUGAUCGGUUCAGCAAAGAGAAUGGCUUUACUGGUUGGACUGAGAUAUCUGUCAAGGAAAACAAAAAUGUAAAUGAAUCAAUGAGGGUCCUUAUUGAAAAGAUGAUGGCCACAACUUUGCCAGGUGAUAGAGACAUGUCUAUUUCAGGCCAUGGGGACUACAUCAAUUUGAAAGAUGGAUCCACGCCCAGCUGGGGUUGCUGCUAACUGCAUUUGCUUUUUCAUCUGAUCAGAGGUCUAGAGUGCCAUUCAGACAAAUCUAUAUGAUAGUUUUAAAAGCACUAGCAAAUUCUCUGUCUGCACUGUUGAGAAAAUCAGAAGAGAAAGCAAUCCUUCAGUUUGGCAGGGACAAUGGAAAGUACUGUCUUGGCUGCUUAUGAACCACUGGUGUGUGCUUUCUCCAUUCCAUUCAGCAUUUCCCCUUCAGCUUCCUCAGGAUCCAUGAAGGAUCUUCUGCAUUUGAAGGAAGAUCUCCACUCCUCUUGAUCAAAAAUACCAUUGCAGGAAGUAUGGGUAUUGGGACCUUUCAACACUCCAAAAGCCUAGCCUAAGGAAUCUUCUUGUGGUUGACUGUCGUAUCUGAUAAGUCUUCCUCUGCUCACAUUCAAAACAGACUUCUUUUAAUGAAUCUUUUGUGGAAAGAGGCUUUGGACUGCCUUGUGACGCAGCUGCCGAAUCCUCUUAUUGUGGCUUUUCUUGAAGUGCCAUUUUUUGCCAUGAAAAGCCAGUUGCUGCUUUUGUCCUUUUUGCCAAUAAUGUCAUGUCUAAGCUUAGGGAAGUUUUAUGAACUGUGGCCUUCUUUGUCCCUGCUUUUAUGUCAGACAUGCGAUUGUUAAGCUCUUUCUUGAAGUUAUUUUAUUAGAGAGCCAGCAGUGAAGAGAGGCAAAAGCCAUAGACUUCUUUGCAUUGAUACACCUUACUAGGGCACUAGCCAUAUUUGUUGUCUUUAUACCCCUUUCUCUUGCAAGAUCUAAUUUGCCUCUUUCAGAUUCUGAUGAAUUACUUCCCUUCAGCCAUUCAACUAAAUAGGGUUAGAUAGCCAGCGUAGCAGGCUGUUUGAAAGACCACCUACUGGUUUAGUGAUCUGAGCAACAAAACAUAGAAUAGAGAGCACAGCAGGACAAAAAGCAAGAGUUCAAAUAUUUCCUGUGCCUUUUUAUUUUUUAAAUAGCAGGAAUUUACCCAAUUUUACCAGGAUUAUUAGCUGGUAGCCUUCUGUUUUUGGUGAACAUAUGAAAUUAAAGCUACUUAGGUUUUUAUAAAUUGGUCAGCUCAUAAUUCAGGAAGGCUGAUGCUGCAAAAUGGUCAGAAAUACUGAAGUAUUUGAAUUUUUAAUAUUCCUUUUUAAAAUGAACAGUCAGGGAAGUGCAAUGGUUGAAAGUAAAAUAUUUUGGGGGUGAAAAAGGUGUCAGAAAUUAUUGGGAGGACUGAUUGCAAGUAGAUCUUUUAUUGUCUGUCAGCAUUUGCCUCUUGGCUGUGCUAACUUUACAGAGGAUUUCAAACAGCAAGGCUUGGAAAGCUUUCAGAUAGGUGCUUUGCAAAGGUUGACACAGCCAUUGUUCCAGAAGACUCCCAAUGGCUGCUUCAAGGGCUUUACCAGAUUCCCUUUACGUGGUGUGCAUACAUGGGCACUUCACUUUGUGGUCCAUCUGAGCAGAGCAAACUCAUGCACUAACAACUUGGAAACCUCUUGUACUUCAAGACAGGAUGCUUUGUAGAGCUUCCUUUCCAGGGCUGUGCAACAGUCUAAGUUGAAUAGUGGGUGGGUUCCUACGUCAGCUUCUCUGUGUGUAUGCGUAUACUGUUGAGAGAUUAUAUCAAUUCCAGGGGCCUUCUCUUUGAACCACAAGAAUUAGAAAAGUGUUUUUCAAACUUGACAACUUUAAGAUGUGUGGCUGGGGAAUUCUGGGAGCUGAAGUCCACACAUCUUAAAGUUGCCAAGUUUGAAAAACACUGAUUUAGUGGAUGAAAUUUAGUAACUGCUCCUAACUGGAAGUUAUGAGCACUGGAUAGGGAAUAAGAUCUUUACAUUUAGAUAGCCUUCUUAAUGGCAAUCUCUUCUUUAUCUCCAAUCUUUUAAAAAAUGGUUGACUUUUGUACUGUAUUAGAAAAACGCUGUAGCGUUCAAUAAAAAGGUCAAACUGAACCACUUUUUAAAGGGGUUCUGAAUGGGGGAACUGUGCUCCAAAACUUUUGUUUUGGUGUACAGUACUGUAUUCAAGCAUCACUCUGUCCUGUUUUAAACGGGGAACAGCAAAAGUAGCAUAACAUUCUUCCUAUACUAAUAAUACAAAUAUUCUAUUUGAGUUAAGAAAAUAUUAGGAAAAGAAUUUCAGUGAAGAGUUGUGUGGAAAAUUUCUCAUCAACAUACGUUGGGGAGAAUCCUUAUGAGAUAGUCAUCCUUUCUGUCUGAAAGAUAACAGUAGUUCUUGUACCAUCUUUGGGAAGCAGUGUGUGAUGCAGAACUGAAUGUCUGUCCAAAAGGAAUCGCUGUUAACUAAUUGGUCUGAAGAUGUUUUAGCAUGUUGCACAAUUUUUUUUUCCAAAUUGCAUUUCUGGCAUAGCAUCAUUUCCUUUUGAUGGUAGUAAAGCAUGGGAAUUUAAUGGAUUACAUCUUAACUUAUGAAUUAAGCUCAAUGCAGCUACUUUGACUAUAAUGGGAGACUUUGUGGGAACAAUAUAAGAAUGCUUGAUGCUUGAGAGGAACAGGUAUAGAAUUUUAUGUUGGAUAACUUUUGCACUGUGCUUUUUUUAAUCACACAAUUUCUCAACUUGGCCUUUUAAACAAUAAAUAUGCUUUUUAAAAAUAAAACAAAAACCUCAAAUUGUUAUUUGCACCUAUUUAUUGGCUCAUGAACAUUUUUUGAAAGCCUCAGUGGUAAGGAAAACAGCAGACUUCCCCUGGACAAUCAUGAAAGUACCAACAGGAAUGCAAGGUAUAUAAUUAAACACAAAACUACAGGAAUUUAAAAUAAAGUUUUACAAAACAACUGAUAGCUUGAUGAUUAAUUCUGGUUUGUGGCUGGUCUUAAAUUGUUUGCAGCACUCUUUCUGCCUGGUCUUAUAGUGAGCGUGGUACUUGCUUAAAUGUUCUGUGUUAGACUUUCAACAAUUGUCCAAAAACAGCAUAUACACUGCUUACAAAUACCAAUUACAAAUACAACAAAUAUCAUCUAAAAACUUUUGUACAAGCUCCUUUGUUGGCAGCAGGUAAAGAGAAAGCCUUCAGUAGAGAUGAACUUCAGUGAUCAUUCCUUUUAAUUUUUUUAAAGGAAAAAUGAAUUUCUGCUUCAGUGUCUAAAACUUAAAUAAGUGCACAAAAAGGCCUUUGAGUUGAUAAUGAAACCGUUUUGUGCUUAUAAAUUCAUUGUGCCUUCUGUAGAUUUAACCUCUUCCUUUCAAGAUUGCUUGUAACCCUUCCUAUUCAUCUAACUGAUAUUGCAGAGUUAAAAGCAAGUGGAAGAAGACGUUCUUUACCAUCCUAUGCCUUCCCCUAAAAAUGAAACAUCCCCUUGAUGAUAUCCUGUCUUAUGGAUAGAUUCCGCUGCCCAUGAGUAGGACACAGUUCUUUUUCAUAUAAGGAGGCUACCUUCUAUAUAAUGUGGAGGCUACAAGCUUCUUAGCUGGUAAAGUUUGGAUGUGCGGAAUGAGAUUAGCCAGUGUUUCUCAGUGCAGGCAAUUUGAGGGUGAAGAGUAUCAGUUACAAAAUCAGCUUUAGAAUAACAUCAAUGCUUCCACACUUGGUGAAUAUUUGGAGAUACCUAAAUUGUAUUGGCAUACUUUUUCUGAUUCUUCUAUAUGAUGUCAUAUGGUAUACAAAUUUAAUAAUUAUUUAACCAUUAUCUUCACAUUCCUUCUUAGACUACAGAAUAUACAGCAUUCACUUACGUAGACAGAUAGAGCAGGGGUUUACACACAUGCUAUAUACAAACCCCUCCCCCCAAAGUGUGGAAGAUAAAUGGCUGCUCUACAUGUAACUUCAGAGAGAGACUGAAUGGGUAGCCAUAGGAGUUAGAAUAACUUCCAGUAAUGAAAUUGCUAUAAUCAAAUAUUCAUAACAAGGAGAAUACAGGUUCCAUGUGUAUGUAUUAUAUAAAAUUCUGCCCAUACCUUAAUAGCUCUGGAUGGCUUACAAAGACAGUGAAAACAUCCAUAAAACAUUAAAAACAUGACAAUUAUAAAAUAUAAAACUAAAAUGCUAGCAUUAGUUUUAUGUAUUCAUUUAAUUAUUUUAUGUUGCUUCAAUCACAAAAACUCUAAACGGACAUACACAGGUGGCCCUGCUACUACUUGUGUUGCUACAUUCUGGACCAGCUGCAAUUUGGAUUUAUUGAAUUAUUAUUUAUUGAAUGUAUUCAAUUGAGUCUUGUCUGAAUUAGGCUUCAGUUUAUUCUACUACAUCCAUACUGUGUGUGAUUCCUGUAAUUAUACAGAAAUCCAGUUAAAAUACUUAAUACAUAGAUCCAAAUAUGUUAAUGUUUUCUAUGAAUACAUAUUGUUCAAUAACUAAUGCAGUAUUUUUUUAAAAACACAAUUUUUUUCCUACCCAAAUGUAAAAUUGUUCAUUUGUUCCUAAUGAGAUUUAUCUUUCUGCCCUUUGUUCCAGCUUGUUAAUUUCCUCCUGAAUCUUGAUACUAACCCCUAAGGUACUCCAUUUUUGUGUCAGCUACAAAUGUGAUAAUCCUAUUUUCUAACCUCUUACUCUUACCACUUACCCAAGGAAUUUUGUUUAUAAAUAAAUUGAACAGCAUAGGGCCUAGAAUGGACUCUGUCAUGAC